AUGGGCCAAAUCGGCUUCUUAUGCGCCCCUGUCCUUACUGCAGAUGUUAAAUUAAAUCAAGACGAACAUUUAGCAAGUCUUGAUAUUCAAGAUAUAUAUACAAAGAUACCAGUUAGCAAAGCCAUCGAUAUUACAUUAAAACGGCUUGAUGAAUCUAAGAAAUUGGACAAUCUACCAUUUACCAAAACUGAUAUUAAAGAACUGCUAAUUUUAGCGUUAAAGAACAGUUAUUUUCAAUUUAAUGAUAAAUUUUACAAACAAAACACAGGUUUACCUAUGGGUAAUACAUUAUCAUCAACAUUAGCCGACAUAUACAUGGAUGAAUAUCAAAAACAAUAUUUACAUGAAGUAAACAUUCCAAACAAAAUAUGGAGAUAUAUUGAUGACAUUCUAAUCAUUACAAAAAUGAAUAAACCACGAUUGGAUAAAUAUGUAUAUGAUUUAAAUAAAAUACGUGGAACAAUUCAAUUUACCUCAGAAUUCGAACAAAUUGAUCAAAUAAAUUAUCUUGAUACAAUGUUAACAAAAACAAUAAUAAAUAAUGAAACAAUACUUAAAAUUAGAUGGUUCCGAAAAGGCACAGCUACAGAUAGGGAUUUUAGAAACAAUUCAAGACAAUAA